AUGGACAUCCACAUGGCCUCAGAUGGUGACACAGGCUGCUCACAUCGCUAUGGCCUGCAGUGGCAGCACAACCUACGAAAAUCAACAUGGCUUUGGGCAGCAGCACAGACCGUGGACAUCCACGUGGCCUUCGGGGAAUCUCCAGAACGGCUUUUACCAGGACCUGUCAACAUAGGCCGCAUUCACAUCAAGACUGUAAAGAAGGUGUCCUGGGUCAUCAUCGAGAAGUACUACACGCGCCUGGGUAAUGACUUCCACACCAACAGGUGCGUGUGCAAAGAGAUCGCUGUUAUCCCCAGCAAGAAACUCUGCAACAAGAUCGCCGGCUAUGUCACACAUCUGAUGAAGAGGAUUCAGAGAGGUCCUGUGAGAGGUAUCUCUAUCAAGUUGCAGGAAGAAGAGAGAGAAAGGAGAGAUAAUUAUGUUCCUGAGGUCUCAGCCCUAGAUCAGGAGAUCACUGAGGUAGAUCCUGACACCAAGGAAAUGCUGAAGCUUCUGGACUUCGGCAGCCUUUCUAACCUGCAGGUCACUCAGCCUACAGUUGGGAUGAAUUUCAAAACACCAUGUGGAGCCAUUUGA